CCAACAUAAUUUAAAUUUUAAACUUCGUUAACGAAAACGCUUAUUUUUCUAUUAAGUUUGUCUUGUAAAGUGUAAUCAUGAAAGUAAAUUGUAGUGAAAAUGAAAGUCAUUAUAAAUUAUAUGAAGCAUUAGCUAAAAGAGAAAAAUUGGAACAAAAAGCUUUGGCAUCUCUUACGUCAGAUGUAUUGAAAAAUCUGAACAUAAACAUCGAAAAAUUACCACAGAAAUCUCAAAACAUACUAGGACAUGUUGCUGAAAGUCAAUCGGUUUUGGGAAUAGAAAAUUUAGAUGCAGUGUCGAUAUCCCUGCAUCGUUCAAGAGAGAUAUCAGACAAACUCGCUGAUGAAUAUGAAAUACUCAAACUGAAACAGAAGAAUGCUAAAUUUCAAGCGAAAAUUAACCGUAACAAUAGAUCAAUAGAAGAACUACGCAAAGAAUUGGAGUCGUCUAGAAUCUCCUUGGCUAGUCAGAAUCCGAAUCCUGAGAACACACAUGAUCACAUAAAGCAAUUGAAACAGAAAUUGGUGUCAUAUGAAGAGAACUAUGAAAAGGCUAAGAGUAAAUAUGCGGUUCUAGCUGUACCAGAAGCGAUUUUACCGAAAUCUCUUACAUCUCAAGUGACGUCACUUCUCGCCCUUCAAGAAGAAGCCUCGGCCUUGAAGCAGAGAGCUGAUGACUUCUUACUAAUGAAAGAAGCAAGAGAUACAUUUAGUAGGUUGAGAAGAUGAACAAAAAAAAAACCGUUUUAUUUACUACAUACAAUAAAAUGUUAGAGAAAAAUAUAUAAAUAAGGUUUUUGACAACCCAAGUAGGUAUUUCCUAUUAGCUUAACGUUUGUUUAUUUAUACUAAAUUGAUUUUUUGUUAAAUAAAACGAUCGCUUAUUAAUACAUACCGUUUACGAAUAUCAUUUUGGCGCCCAAAGUGGGACUUUGGGCGCCAAAAUGAUAUUUCAUUUCGAUUUGCAUGAACGUGUUUGAUUUAUUUUAAGUAUUGUAACUUAAUCAUUUUCGUUUUUUGGAUUGAAGGUGAGUGAGCUAGUG